UGAGCCUGACCCAGGUCUUUCGAUCCACCUGCAGCGAGCCUUCCCAUCGCGGCCCUACAUUUCUUACAAAGCUGGUUCUCCUCAGCUCCCAAUCACCAAGGACGCCGAGCCUAUCUAGCGCGCUGGCCGCGGGACUCAGUUUCCCUCAUCGCUUCGUAGGGACGGGUGCGCCCUAGCCCCUAGAUGCAGCCCAGCAGGCGGCGGCCUCAGGCUGAUCCGCUACUGCACCCAGGACUCAAGGCUGCAACCUGGUAGUUGGUGGCCUCUUGUAACCCCUGAAGGCAGUGUCCUUGGUCUGAGUCCUCGUCCAGAUCUCCCACAACCUCCAGCCUCAGUUUCCCAACUGCCCCGGAGCCCUCCAGCUCCAACCGGAGCACAAACCAGGGGCUUGGUGUCUCCUCCACCCCUCAGUGGGCCAAACCUCUCCGCCCAUCCCUUCGGUGACCAAUGGGCUACGGCGUCUCCGCGCAGGGCGGAGCCCGGUUACCCGGAGGAGGUUGUGCCGAGACGGGGCAGCCAUGGCAGCCCGUCGCUGUCUCGUUGCAGCUCCCGAACCUCUGUCCCCCGCGGCCGUGGCCGAUGAAGCGCCGGAAGAGGAUGAGGACGACGCGGAGGCCGAGGACCCCGAGCGCGGGGCGGGCAGCGGAGCGCGCUGCGGCAGCCUCAGUGGCAUUGGAGGCAGCACGGUUGGGCCUGGGCUGACCCUGGGGGGCGCGCUCACGAGGCGCGCGGUCACGCUGCGGGUGCUGCUCAAAGACGAGCUGCUGGAGCCCGGCGAAGGGGUGCUAUCUAUCUACUACCUGGGCAGGAAGUUCAUUGGGGACCUGCAGCCAGAUGGCAGGAUCCUGUGGCAGGAAACUGGACAAGUCUUCAACUCACCCAGCGCCUGGGCGACACACUGUAAGAAGCUCGUCAACCCAGCCAAGAAGUCCGGCUGUGGCUGGGCAUCGGUCAAGUACAAGGGCCAGAAACUUGACAAAUACAAGGCUGCCUGGCUCCGCCGACAUCAGCUGCAUAUGCCAGUAGCUGCUGCAGAUGAGUGUCCCACCAGCGAAGGGGAGGAGGAGGAGCUGCUCCUGGAGGAGGAUGAAGAUGAUGUGCUGGCGGGGGUCUCAGCAGAGGACAAAGGCCGCAGACCGCCUGGGAAGGUCUCUGAGCCAGAGGCCACACCCCUGGGCAAGCGUGUGGACAAGGUCCAGGUACCAGUGCGUUAUUGCAUGCUGGGCAGUCGUGACUCUGCCAGGAACCCCCACACUCUGGUGGAAGUAACAUCCUUUGCUGCAAUUAACAAGUUCCAGCCAUUCAACGUGGCCAUUUCUAGUAACGUGCUGUUCCUCUUGGACUUCCACUGUCACCUGACUCGGAGUGAGGUCGUGGGCUACCUUGGUGGUCGCUGGGACAUCAACAAUCAGAUGCUGACCGUGCUGAGAGCCUUCCCCUGCAGGAGUCGGCUGGGGGACACUGAUAUGGCAGCCACUGUUGAGGAGGAGAUCCACCAGGUGCUGUUCCUUCGAGGCCUGUCCCUGGUGGGCUGGUACCACAGUCACCCACACAGCCCCGCAGUGCCCUCCCUGCAGGACAUCGACACACAGAUGGAGUACCAGCUGAGACUGCAAGGCUCCAGCAAUGGCUUCCAGCCCUGUUUGGCCCUGCUGUGCUCCCCCUACUAUUCUGGCAACCCAGGCCCCGAGUCCAAGAUCUGCCCUUUCUGGGUGAUGCCUCCCCCUGAGCAGCAAAGGCCCAGUGAUUAUGGCAUCCCCAUGGACGUAGAGAUGGCAUAUGUCCAGGACAGUUUCCUGACCAGUGAUGUCCUUCAAGAGAUGGUGCUGCUGGCGGAGUUCUACAAGGGCGCCCCUGACCUCGUGAGGUUCCAGGAGGCCUGGAGCCCAGAGCAUACCUACCUGGACAAGCUCAAGAUAUCCUUGGCCAGCAGGACCCCAAAGGAUCAGGGCAUGUCCCAUGUGCUGGAGCAGGUCUGCAGCAUGCUCAAGCAGGGGAGCUGAGGCCAUGCAGGCCCUGCUGUCCUGGACCAGACUGGGCAAUAAAGUACCCACGCACGGACCUGUGGCUGGGGUAGGAUGGCAGGCGGACCCUUGGGCUGGAUAAUAAAGUCUAAGUACCCACA